AUAGUAGAGGACUAAUGAUGUCCCUUAUGUUUAUUUAUGUAUACAAAAUGGCGUAUUUCGCUGAAAUUCAGUUCGAACUAUGGGAUGAACAAGAUGUCGCGAAUUGGUUGAAAGGUUCCCUGUUUUCUUUAUAUUUUAAAAAUUAAUAUCUUGUUGAUUAACAUUAGGUUAAUUAUUAAGAAUGACAAUUGAGUUUUUAGUAUCUGAAAAAGAAUAGUGUGGCAGCCUCAGUAACUAGAACUAGGCCUAGGCCUAGGCUAGGUACUCCAACUCAAAUUUUCUGACACAGACAUAGAGCAUAUCAUAGGAAAGAGCUGGCUUUAAGCUUUCCAAUGACACCAAGAUAAUCUUUCUAUCACUUAUAGGAGAAAAGUUAUGAAUUUUUUAGUGAUUUAUUUUUCCCCACUAUUCGGCUUUGUAUUAAAUUUUUAAAACUGAUGGCAUUAUUACUCUUUUUGUACUAUUUUGCUUGUAUCUUUUUGGCUAUUAAAGUUAGAGCUCUCAGAUUUGGAGGAGACAUUUACAAUACUAUGUUUAACAGUGACAGAAUAAAUUGUGAAUUAACUUAUUAUAUUUAAUUAAAUAUGACUUUAUAAGCAUUUGGUGUGGAUAACGGCAAUUGUCGAAAAAUUUAUUUGUUCAAAAAAUGACAUAAUUACUAAACCAUUAAAGCUAUUGCUAUAAAAUUUUCAAUACAAACAGAUAAUGUCCAUCUAAAAGUAAGGUACAUUUAAAAUAAAUGUAAUGCAGAUCAGAAAAAUGUAUGCAUUAGAAAAAAAUAUUUCAUGAAAAGUGACAGCGGCCGAGACCUUUUUACAUUAAGAUAGAUAACUUUUAAACUAAUAAUGCUAAUGAGCCUAAUGCAAUGAAAUUUUUAGAAAUAUAGAUAAUGACAAUCGAGGUUAGGUCUUCCAAAAGGUUAAUAAAGAGCAGUGGACUGAGUGGAAGAUAAAUAGGGAUGGAUAACAUUAACAAAUAGAGUGGACUGAAAAAAAAAAGACUGUUUUCAAUUAAAUUACACAAAUUAAAGAAAUGUCCCUAGUAUUAAAAUUUAUUUAUUUCAUUAAUUUAAUUCUAGUAUUAAUAGAGGUCUAUUAACACAUCCUUAUAACUAGUUGUCUAAGUUUAUCUAAAAGAGUAAUAGAGAAUAAAUACUGGGAAAAAUAAGGAAUUCUUAUAACUAUUAUUGGCAAAUUGAUCAAUUUCUUAUUUACAAAGAAUAAUUGUACAAACAAUUAAUUUAAAAAAAAAUAAUUCUUUUUUGUAUACAUUUAUAUUGUUUAAUUAUAUUAGAAUAAAAAAUAUUUGUUUAAUCAGAUGUUUCAACGAUUGAGAAAUGUUUUAUUUAAACCUUUAUUUCCAAAUAAUUUCACCUCCCUCCGGUCAAUAAAAUAAUGUAAAAAAAGAUGGCCGCCGUUUUUACAUAACAUGUGGAUUUUUUUUGUUCGCUCGGUAUCAUAAAUUCUAGCAACAGCCAGUAAUGUUAACAAUAAAUGCUUUCAAUGUUACUGCGAUCAAUCUAGCUCGUGUUAAAGUUUUAAUUCUCGCAUCCUUCAUGCAAAAAAAUGAACACGAGUUUAAAAUUAGCGACAGUUCGCGCUCCAAUUGUUCGUCUGAGACAGGUCAGAAUGACGCAGUAUUUAUACCAUUGUGACCGGAAUUCUUCAGCGAAUAGAGUUUAAGACUGAAACUUAUUUAUUUUUAGAAAAUGACGCAUAGGAACGACAAAGCCCGACAUAUACCGAAACCCGCCCUUUACUGCUGGUCACAUAAAUGUACCACGCAAAGCCGGCGUUUUUUUUUGCCCGCGACGUCCGGUAUUGACGUACCUACCUAGGCUAUACUUACUUAUAAUUAUAACUAGAAGUAGUAACUCUAAGUAACGUAGUAGUAAUAGAAAAUGAUGAUUGCAUGAUAAGGACAAAAGGACAAGUGGCUAAAUCUGAGGACGAAUGCCACAGCGUCUUUUGGGUGUUUAUUAUAGUUGCAGUGAAUUAGGAUUUAUGCUUAGGUUUAGGGAGUUUAGCCUUUAAGUUGAGGGAUCGAUUUUGGGUUCAGGUUAGGCAUAGGGAUCGAUUGAGGGUUCAGGUUAGGCAUAGGGAUCGAUUUAGUGAUAAAUUCGUGAAAUUCGAUAAAAUAGGGGCAUUCGUCCUCGUAAUUUACCAGGACAAGUUCUACUAAUAAGUCUGAUCAGUAGUAUAUAUUAAAUAAUAAGUAAUAAUUAUAAAAAGCAUAAAAGGGGGAGACUGCAAUCAGGUUAGGUAGAAGGAAAUAUGUGAAACAAGGUAGGUAAUGAUGGGAAAGCCAAAUAAAAGGACAUAAUAAAACAAGAAUUGAAUGUGUUGGCCUAUUGCCGCAAGAAGCCUUCGGUGAAAAGACAAGAAAAAAUAUAAAAAAUACAUAUUUGGCCUUGGCUUAAAUGUAGUAUCUGAGACUGAGAGAACAGCAAGAGGAAUGUAAUAGACCAUGCCAUUUGUAGGUAAGAGAGUUGAUAUAGGCAACAGGGGAAGGAAGAGAGGAAAAGUAAAUCCAUGUCGAUUGUUUUUGAAAAGAUGAAGCUGAUAAAAGAUUGGCACUCCUCAGAUCGGCAGUCUCAAGUGUCAAAUAAAAUAUUUUCAUUACAAAGUGCACGGCUACCAGUCUAAAAGCCGAUGAUAAUUGUUUCAUAAUGGCCUAUUUUAAUUUAAGCAUUUUAUUGAAGAUCACAAUCUUUAUCAUUUCCCCUAAAAAGAAAAACAAAAGAAGAUGUAAAAGAAAGAAAAAUACAAGAACAAAACAAAAAUUAUCUCUUUUGAAUUGCUGUUUUGUAAUAGACGUGUUUUGCAAGCCACACUAACCAACAAAGUCAAAUCAAAGCACUGCCUUCGUAGUUGUGUCAUGCAUAAGUUUACAGAAUGUUUCCUAAAAUUAGAACCAGCGCUUGGGGUCUGCCGGCCAUUGUAUUGUGAUUAUUAUUAAAAGCAAAAAUUAGUCUGCAAACAAAAUUAAAAGUUAAGUACAUUACCAAUCAUCGGUGGCUAUUAGGCUGGUAACUGAGUACUUUCUAACAUUCGACAUUUGGAACUGCCGUUCUGAGGAGUUCCAAAAGAUGUAACAAGUGAAGGAGAACAUGACAUUCAUGCCAUUUGUUCUCUAAAUUCACCCUGGCCUGGAAGGCAUGCUGUACAGGAAACAAUGGCAGGGAUGACCAAAUAUUGACUUUUUAGUAACUUCUAAGCAGUCAAAUACAAACCAUAUAUUUACUCAUUACUGUAUUAGUAUUGGUCAAACGCCAAACUCACAACAAGAACUAAGCUGCAGGUGUACCAGGCCUGCGUACUGAGCACACUCCUGUAUGGAUGCGAGUCGUGGACCACAUACUCUAACCACAAAAGAAGGCUCAAUGGCUUCCACCUCAGAUGCCUGCGCCACAUCCUUGACAUUAAAUGGCAAGACAAAGUCCCCAACACGGAUGUCCUGUCCCGAACAAACAUGUGUAGCGUCCCAGCCAUGUUAAUCCAAAGACGCCUCCGCUGGCUUGGAUACGUCAAGCGAAUGCAACCUGGUCGCAUACCAAAGGACGUGCUAUACAGCGAGCUGGCGACAGGGAAAAGGUCAGUUGGACGGCCUCAUCUGAGAUACUUAGACAUAUGCAAAAGAGACAUGAAGUCGGCCAAUAUCGACAUCUCAAACUGGGAGGAGCUUGCAGAGGAUCGAUCCUCAUGGCGGGACAUCGUGAAGGCAGGAUCACUACAUGCCGAGGAGCUAAACAGGGGGGAAACAGCUGCAAAAAGAGCGAGGAGGAAGGCCGGUAAAUACUGCUCCACCACAUUUGUGUGUGGGAAAUGUAACAGAGACUGCCAUUCGAGGAUUGGUCUCACCAGCCACACCAAGAGCUGCAAGCAAUAAAGAUAAUCUAUCGUCUCCCGCAGACGGAAAGAUGCCAUACUGUAUUAGAGUGCCAAUCACAAAAAUAACCUUACUGACCUUUUAGAGAGCAUGGGUACAUAAAUGAUAAGCAAACCAAUUUAUGGACAACUAGCUUUAGGCCGCCAAACAUUUGCAACAAAAUUGUGAACUUCCCCAUUUACCUUAGUUACUUGACUAAACAUCCAUUCAAGUAACACACUUUAUGAGAAUUAGUGCCAAGCCUCACAGGUGCGCCACCACACUUUUUUUCACGACUCUGAACUAUAUUAAUAUUCUAUUGUCCCACACACUUGUUCACUGCUCACUUUAAAAAAAAAAGUUUAAUUAGGCCCAAGGCUGAAGCCCUAAGUUAAGCUUUAUUAACCUUAGGUCUUAGACUAAAACAAAAUGAGGAGUUGAACAAAUACAUUUCAGUACAUAUAAACGUAACCACUGAACUUCUAGUUGCUUUAAUUAUUAGAGUAUUCACUUUAAGGACAGUGAUAUUUUUUAAUGAGUUUGUUUUGGGAUUCUUUGUUGUUGUUGUUGUAGCUAGUUUGAAGCUAGUUUUGUUAGUAGACUUCAUCUUUUUACAGGUAGUGAAGACAUGGUUGACAUAGAUAUGAUAGUUCUUCUAGUUCUAAUAAAAAUGCAGUUUUUGUGUUUUAGUUAAAAAUGUACUACUUUCUUUAGCCAGUCUUAAUAAGUGUUUAAAUAGAUGUAAUUGGAAGGAUGUUUACAAAAUUAUAGAUGAGCACUUAGGGCAGGGGUCUCAAACUCACGGCCAGCGGGUCAUUUGUGACCCGCAAGACAUUAUUUUGUGGCCUGCUACAUGACAGCAAAGUUUAGUGUUAAUGGGGUCCGCGUGUUUUCCCCAUUCUCAUAUCUAUAAUGUAACCCUCUGUGAAAGUUUCUGUAGAAUCUCACCGACUAGUCAAAUUCUGAUUUUUAUUAUGUUUAUAUAGAUUUGGAUGUUGAUUAUACUGGUAAAAACCAUUGUAAAAAAUCUGACUAAAAGUUUUUAUUUUAUAGCAUUUUAUGAGACAAACAUGGGCUAAGUGCGGUUUUGAGAAAAGUUUAAAAAGUCAGUUAGUGGGUAAUGCACAACCAAAAUUGUGUAAAUUGUAGCAACCUGACACAGUAUAAAAGAAUCCCUAUUAAAAUUGCCGCUAGUGUUUACGAGUGAGGGAAAUUCAAAGCCUGUCAGCUUGGUCACUUUCAAAAUAGGGUUAGUCAAAAAGGCCUUUUCUUCAUUAAAAAAAAAAAAAAAAUUCAUUCUCCCUACAAUAGCAUCUUCCAUCACAUCAAUAAUUCAUAAAUAUUGCCUGCCCCUGCCUACUGUUUGAACACGUUUUAGUCUUCAAAGCCUUCAUGGCGAAGGAUUGGGUGGUUGUUCCUGUACUAAGUAAUCCCAAAUGGCUCACGGACUUAGCUUUUUUUGUUGACAUUACACAGGAGCUGAAUGUAGUCAACAAGAAGUUACAAGACCAGGGGUAGCUUGUCUGUGUUGCCAAUGACAAUGUCAGGGCAUACUGCACAAAACUUGUUUUAUGAUUCUUAGAGAAACCUCUGCCAUUUCCCAACAUACAAAGUACUCUUGGACUCAAACACACCCUUCAAUGGUAAAUAUACUGAUGCCAUUGCAAGGCUACAGGAAGAAUUUGAUCACAUUUUUUUAGACUUAAAAUUGACAGAGCAACUUUUCAACUUUUUGCUGACCAUUUCUCCUUCAAAUUGGAAGAUGCAACCCCCCCCCCCCCCCACUUGCACUUCAAAUGGAGCUAAUUGAUCUUCAGUGCAACUCAAGUUCAGGGAGAUGAAUGGAAAAAAAGACAAGCAUGUAUAAUUUAUGAGAUAUCCAGGUUGUUUAAGCUGAUCAUGUGUCUUUUUUGGGAGUACCUAUCUGUGUGAAAAGCUCUUUUCCACUAUGAACUUUAACAAGUCAAAGUUGAGGGCCAAACUUUCUAGUGAGCAUCUUCAAGCUAUACUGAAGGUCUCAGUUGCUUCCUCACUCAAGCCAAAUGUUGCUCAGCUGUGUAAGAAGAAGUGCUGCCAGAUCUCUGGCAACAAGGCAUAUUAGAAAGAAAGUGAAAACUAGUUCUUGAGAACCCCUAACGUCUUUAUUUGUUAUUAAUAAAGGCUCAGCAGAUUGUAACAGUUGUACUUUAUUGACUUUGUAAUCGCUUUUAUUGUGGAAUACUUGAUGCGGCCCAAUCUCACUCAGACUCUACCUCCUGCGGCCCCUGGAUGAUUUGAGUUUGAGACCCCUGACUUACGGUUUUAAGGAUGACUUUGCGAAAAAAAUUUGUGCAUAUAACUUUUGCUCAGUUAAUAAUUAUACCAAAAUUGAUUUCUUUAAUUAUAAAGGAUUAAAUUAAAAAUACUCUCUUAUAUUUUUCCUUUUGAAUAAAUAUUGAAUGCGUCUAAUAAUGUUAUUUCCUUUAUUAAGGUUUGGAUGAUGCAGUCCACGAAUACAUUCCAAAUUUUGUUCAGGAACAAGUAGAUGGUAAAAAAUUGAUGAUGCUAACACAUUCUGACUUGGACAAGCUUUGGGUCUCUAAACUUGGCCAUCAGGAAUUGGUGCUUGAAGCAGUUGACCUUCUUAAAUCAUUGGUGAGUUUACGAAAAGGAAAUAAAAUUAGCCUAUUUCAAAUUAAAGCAAGUCUGUGUGUGCUCUUGAUUGUUGGUUAUAGAAAAAGGGAUCUAAUAAAAAUUGUUCUUGAUAAGCACAAUCUCUUAAAACAUUUCAGCGCUACACCAUUGAAACAGAAAACCUUCAACAUUUGGCGCUUCAGCUGGGGUGCAAAGCACGAAGCCUUCAUAAUGAUAUACUUGCUCACAAUAAUGAGAAUGAUCCUAAUCGUGCCAAUGUCCAGCAUCUAAAACAGAGACGUCAGCUGUCUAUCUCAACCCUCUCUUCUGUGUGUGAUAUCAUGUCCACUCUGAAAAAUUUGACAUCAUGGCUUGACAGGUACGUAGUAGACUAACAGAUCUUGUCUGUGUUUGGUUUUUAAGUUUAAGCUGUUAUAUAAAUAGAAAGAAUUCAAAAUUUUGUUCUCUACAUUUAAUUAAUUGAAAGGGUUAAAUUGUUUCUGAAAUUUAGGAUUUUAUUUUAAGUCGUUGAGGUUUAUAGAUUCUUUAUGUUUCCCACAUCAAUAUAUAAAAAAGGUUUUUUAUAGAAAUUUUGGAUCAAUAUACUGAUUUUCAAAGACUUUGUUUUUCCUCAGAGCUCCAUUUGAGACCAUUCAUGGCAUUAGUUUGCUGAGAAACUCACUAGUGAAAUUAGGACUGGAAUUGGUGACUGUGUCGCAGAAGGAAAGUGGAAUUACUGAAGUUGAAAAUGCCAUAGUUAAAACUGUAAGUCAGCAUUUUGUUUUUGGAAUUUUUCAUUAAAUUUGAAACAAAAAGUAUUAUACUUAACAUAAGGCUCCAAUGGUGUUUAAAUAUCUCAUCAUUAUUAGAAUGAGAACAAUUUGCUAGUCAUCCUAAUUUUUUUUGUUAAUUAAAAACUCUCUUACUUUGCAUGCAUAUCUUUUCAUGUGAUCAUUUCUAAAAAGCUCAAGGGAACCAUUCCUUUAUAUCAGGGAUGGGAAAACCACGGCCAGCGUUUGAUUAAGGGCAUUUAGAAAUAAAAAAUUGCUGCUUUGUUUUUAAGUUAUUAUACAGAAUUGCAUGUACCGUUGUGAUUGUUUUAACAUUUAUAAUAAAAUUUCUUUCUAAUUUUCUUUAAUUGUGUAAGCAGUCCUUCACAUUAGAAAUCAACAAUUUGUAUUGACAAUGUAGUCGGUUUGUGCCUAAAUUAAAGCCAUUGAUAGAUAAUAUAUUUUUUAUUACAAUAAAUUUUUUUAAAAAUCUUGUACACAAAUUAGUAAAAGUUUGUGUCUCCAUUGUGAAAUAUAAUGUAUAAGUUUAUAAGAAAAAUAAAAUCACAAUAAUUGGCUAUUUAUACUUUUUAAAAUAACAUAUAAAUAAAUGACAAUUCCUUAUUGUUAUAUAUAGGUUGCUGUGAUCAAAGUGGACAUACUAUAUACGCGGCCCCCCAAUAGCUGUACAUUUGUCAAUGUGGCCCUACGCACAAAAAGUUUGCCCCACCCCUGCUUUAUACUGGUUUUCAUUUAGCCAAUGAAUUUUGUCUAGGCCGUGGUCUCUGUGUGAAAUAUCUCCAAAGACACCAAAACAUGUUUAUUCUAAAAACUUCAAAUAUUCUAUUAUUUGUCCAGUGCCAGGGAAUGACUGAGUUCUGUGAUGAGUUAGUUGUCAACAUGAAGGAAUCACUUGUUGUUCAGCCAGCAUUUCUUGAAAUGGCAAUAAUACGUAAAAAACCAGGGGAUGAACUUGUGAGUAAUCGAUUAAUACCUGUUCUCAUUUGAUCACCUACAAGCUAAGCUGCUGUAUUAUUAUUCACUUAGGGGUCAUUAAUCUCAUUACACUGCAGUGGUUUAGAGAAUAUUUUCUAUAUAAAAGACUUUGUCAAUGAGCACACAUAAAGCUCAUCUUAAAAUAUUAUUUUCUGCAUUAAUAUGUAUUAAAUAACAUCCCUAGGGCAUGAAUAUCCAGUCAUCUUAUUAUGGAUGCCAUGUCAUUGGAUGCAUCAAAGACACUGUAAGUUCUUCACCAAAAAAGCUUUCUUUUUUUUUUGUUGUCUCUUCCCUCCUUUAUGGUUACCAUUGCUCUAGCUACAUUUAAUUUUUGGCGCUAUAAACCUAACAAAAUUUAUAGUUUUUUUUCUAAAUGUUAGCCAUGAGUAUGUAAUACAAAUUAGGAAUGUUUUACAGUAAGUCUUGAAAUUUAAAAAAAAAAAACAACAAGAUGGGCAUGUUUGUAAAAUCUCCCGUUUGCCUUAGAAUGACACUUUCAUUCAUUUAGCCUUUACUGGAAAGUUAGCUUGAUCUUUUUACAUAUUUCAUGGAGAUUGCAUGGCAUUAAUGUGGUUAUGCUUCAUUUGUUCUCCCAGUCUCCAGCUCACCUGUGUAGCAAAAUUGAAAAGGGAGAUGAGGUCCUGCAGGUCAACAAUCAGACAGUGGUGAGUAGAGACAGUUAUUGAAUUGUUGAACAAUCAGACAGUGGUGAGUAGAGACAGUUAUUGAAUUGUUGAACAAUCAGACAGUGGUGAGUAGAGACAGUUAUUGAAUUGUUGAACAAUCAGACAGUGGUGAGUAGAGACAGUUAUUGAAUUGUUGAACAAUCAGACAGUGGUUUAAUAGAGACAAUUAUUGAUUUGAUUUUUCAAAACAUGAUCCAAUUAAAUUUAAACCGAUUUAGGUUGAGCUAUUAUGACAUCACCUUGAAUGCACAGGACUAAAUGUCUUGACACAUAAUCUCUGUAAUCAUGUUGGUUCAUGUGAAAUCUAAGAAUCAUCAUUCUGUAGUGCUUCAUGGGCUUUAAACAGAAAUAAUUUUUAUUUCAUGCCACUUUAACCAAAGCCAUGAUGAAGAUGACUCGUGGGUUCCCUGAUGGAAACAAGUUAUGGUGCUCAAUGCCAGCUGAUAGAAUAGCUUCUCUAAUAAAAAUAAUGAAAAUGAACCUUUUUAAUCCUCUACAUUAACUUCACUUUUGUUCCUGGUUGGCUGGAAAAAUUCUUCGGACUGCUAAUUGACUCACUUCCCAUCAACCGAUCGAGCUGAAACUUGAUACAUGGACUAUUUGCCAAUGACAACACAUUCUUUCAAAUUUUUAGCCCCAACCCCCAAAUAUCAGUUUUUAGCCCCAACCCCCAAAUAUCAGUUUUUCAAAGGGGAGCUAAAAUAAAACUCCCAAUAACUGCGCUAAAUGAGAUUCCUUAAAGAAAUAUUGCAAGUGGUGUGGUGCGUAUUAUUAUUAUUUUUUUCUGAAAUAAGUGGGGAAAUAAAUCUGGUGUAAAAGCAUGGGGGUCAUUAGAAUAUUAAUUUAGAUCAGGGGCAUGAAAAAAAUGUGCUGUUGCAAGCCUGGGGGGGGGAGCACUAAGGGGGAAGCACUAAUUGAGAUUCUUAUAAAGUGCGUUACUUGUAUGCAUGUUUUGUCUAAUUCCCCACCCAGUUUGGCUCAAUAUUACAUUUUAUAAAGGAUUUAUACGAAAAACAAUGUUUUUAGGGGUUGUUUGAUUUUAAAAUGAUUUUAUCUCUGGGAUAUAAGAACUAAUGCUUACUUCAUUCACAAUUUCAAAAACAAAAAAAAAUCAGCUUGGCUGGCAGUUAGCCAAACUUGUGGCCGCCCUUAAAGAAAAGCCGAAAGAAGUGACUAUGUUGUUGAAGAAGCGUCCUCGGCAUACAACUCCUUAUGGAAAUUACCCUAACAGAAGGCAGAUGGCUAACAGGUGAGGCUGGGAUAAAUUAUACUAUUACUUAAGUAUCUUCUUUUAUAUGUAAUAUCUUCAAAAUUUAAGUAACAUAUAGCUGCAUUUCAAGUGUUUUAGGUGCAGCAUUCUACUUUGAUUUUUUGUAUUAUAAGUAGGUUUAAAUUUUUUCUUCUUUAAAAUAAUUUUACAGAAGUUAAUAUAGUAAAAUAUCAAAAAUGGAAUAUGCAGAAAAAAUAUGUAUCCUUUCAUUCAUAAAAAAAAAAAAAAAAAAAAAAUUCUCAUUACAUAAUGAUCUAAAAAAUAAUUUUACAGAAGUUAAAAUAGUAAAAUAUCAAAAAUGGAAUAUGCAGAAAAAAUAUGUAUCCUUUCAUUCAUAAAAAAAAAAAAAAAAAAAAAAUUCUCAUUACAUAAUGAUCUAAAUCUAGAGUCUAAGAAUGUUAUAUACAUUGCUUUGAACACCUGGAAAUUUUGAUAUUUUUCAAAUUAUAUUUGGGGCAGUUUGAAUUUGUUUGAAUGAUAUGUGUGUGAAUAGACACAAAUCAUUAUAAUGGAGACCCUGUAUUAACAUUCUGUUUUCACCUAUUACAACCUACUAUUUUUAGGCAUGUUCCUUCUGUUGCUACGCUGCCAAAAACAAUGAAAAAGCGCAGAUCUAAAGAUGGAGAAAAACCACAGCGGCCGACACUAGAAGAGUAUGUGACUUCAUCCGUUCCAACUGGAGAUAUUUACAUAACUAAGUAAGUAGGAAAUACUGUGUUAAAAUUUUCAGUGUAGAUUUUCAGUGUCACUUUUUGUUGUUGUUAUGAAAAUUUCAAAAUCUGAUAUCAGAACUGUGAAAAUGUAAAUUUUGACAAUAAACCUUUAAAAAAUUGUGAAUUUUUUACCACUAAGAACCUGUGAUCAGGUAAACCACCUUGGUGUAAGUGUUUAGAGAGAACCUCUCGAUUUUCAAAAACAAAGUAUAAACAACUAAUUAAUGUAUGUGCAUUUGCACCUGACCCUAUGAUUCAUGUGAGCUUAAUCCACGAACUGUGGUCGGUCGAAAAAAUCGGCCAACAUUCUUGUUCUGUACUGUGGCGGCCCGAAAAAAAUCGGACGAUAAAAGACAUGGUCCGAUAGCAACUUCCUAUCCAAUAUUUAACCGUAAUUAUAGCCACGUCCUUUUAUUAAUAAUUAAAUCAUCUUCUGGUUCAAGCUGUUUCGUGAUAACUUGAAAUUAAAUAAUUUUUAAUCGGAGUUUUAUAUCGCUGAUUUUUUUAAAGCUAAAAUGGUUGAAGCCAUGGCUGGGCCUUCAGUGCAAGAACUAAUAGAAAUAUGUUUGAAAGCUUUUUAGGAGAGGUUUUAAGUGAUACUGAUGAUGAUUUUAACAUUCCCCAUGAUGAUAUCAGUUGAGAUUCUUCUUCUCGUGAAUUUAUACUAGUCUUAGUGAUACUGAAGUAGGCCUACUGAGGCUACUGUUAGACUUCGAGCCAGGCCCGGAGGUUGGGCAAGGACUGAAUGAAUUUUAGUCACAGAAGCUACAGAUUAUUGUUCAGAACUAAUAAAUUUUAUAGUUAAAUAACCCAAAUCAAUUCCACAGUUCCUUUUUAAAUGUUUACUAGUCAAUAAUAACUAUUUUGCCUGAGAUUACAUAUUUUAUCCUUGGUUGUAGCAGUGGUCCCAGUUUCUUAUAUAAAUGACCUAAAAUUACUAAAAUUGCUUUCAGAGGUUUAAUUGCAAUCAAAACCUUAGCAAACUAUACAUUUUCUUAAAGAUAAAUGAAUUGGCUACAAUAUUUAGAUUUGUGUUUUAAGUGUAUCUAUAAAAAUUAAUGAUGUUAUGAGCAUUUGAAAGCAAGACAUUUUGUUAAUUUUUUUUUCUUGAGAACUCCAAGGUCAAGGACACUGAGCAAAUUUUUUUUGAGGGGGGUUGGCAAUAUGGUCAACUUUAUCCCCAUCCAUUUACCUUUCUAAAAAUAUAUACUUAUAGGGGGUCUUGCAUCAACAUUUCUAUGUCAUUUAAUGCAAUUUCAAAUGGCACUCAAAACGCUCUGAAAAGCUCCACACCACAGAAUGAUGCAUGCCAUAGCUCGUGGGUUAAAUCAUAAAAACACCAUUAAAAAUAAAUCACAAAUCUCAACUUUUCAUUAAAAUUAUUUUAUGAUAUGGAAACUAAAUUGUUUUCCUGCACACUUAGUCACUAUCCCGAUAGUAAUUCCUGUCAUAUUAAUGCAAAAAAAUCAAUAAUAAUCUAGUAAAGUUAAUCUGGGAUUGACAGUUUUUUUGUCCCAUUAAAAACUGAUGGAUCACAUUGUUAAAAUAAAAUUAAAAUUGUGCCAUUAAUUAUUGCACUUAAAUAUGUUGCUUUUUAUGUUUGUUUAUGAUUCACUGUUUUUUCUUUUGAUUGAUGGGGCUGCUAGAAACAAAAUUGCCACCUUGUAUUCUUCAAAAGUGUGUAUUGAAUUCCCCAGAUCCAAAGGAAUUGUGAAUAAAUUUGUUUGAUACUUAAAAGUUCUUCUGUUUUUAUAGCUGCAGUUCUGUGCACAGUUUCAUGAGCUUAUUUUAAACACUGUCAGUUUAAGAGUAGAGAAUACAUGCCCCAAAAAAUAACCAAAGCCUGCCCAUGUAUCAAUAUGUUAAUUUAACUUGCCAUCAAUGUUAUAAAUGGAUUGCAGACUCACCUGUGUGCAUUUCAAACAAAACUAUGGAUAAAUGAUCAAAGUAAUGGACUUAAUAGUUACUAUUGGGGAGGAAGAUAUCACCAAGUAAUAAAAAAACCAACAACCUUAGCCACCAAAGUGGGCAUAUAACUUGGCAUAGGUUAAAAAAUUCUCUGUCUACAAGCUUCCAACGCAAUGUAAAUAAACCACAAAAAUAAAUUUAAAAAAAAAAAAAAGAGUAAAAUAGCUCUUUCAUAUUCAUUGUCAAAUCCUAAAACAUGACAUUUUUUCAUUUUCUGCUGCUCAGUUUUAGUACAAACUCUGCUCUUUGUAACUUACCUGUGUAACACAAGUAACACCAUCAACCCUGCAUGAUGUGACUAACUUGUGUUAUCACCAUCAACAGUGCAUUGUGUGAUCAACAUGUAAAUAAACUAAACCUUACACACCAGACCAGGGGCUGGCAAUAUAUACCAUGCGUGCCAGAUGUAGCACACAGAGGCAUUUUUCAAUGGCACAGGCAAGACCAAAAUAGCAUAAAAUAAAAAAGGGGGGGGGGAGAGAGGACUGCGUUCAAGCCCUGGGAAGGUUCAAGCCCUGGGAAGUAAAUAUAUUGCGGAAUAAUAGAUGUUUAGGGUUCAAAAAACAACAAAUCAAUUAAAAGGAUGUUUAGGCUAAAUGCCUUUUUCAGCAGACAGUAGAAAACAAGAAGUAACAAAAUUAUUUGAAAUUAACACUAAAGUGUUCCCAGAUCACAAAUGUAGCUCUUUCAGUCUCUGUGAAGAAACAAAGGAGCACAGUAAAAAUGGAAGUUAAACUGGUCAAAUCCAAAAGAUGCCUCUCACAUGAUUCCUUGGUGUGUACACUCUGAUUAACUGCUGCCUUCCCAUUCCACAACAGCCAGUUAACAUCCCAGUCUCUCACAUGAUUCCUUGGUGUGUACACUCUGACUGACUGCUGCCCUCCCAUUCCUCAACAGCCAGUUAACAUCCCAGUCUCUCACAAAAUUCCUUGAUGUGUACACUCUGAUUGACUGCUGCCCUCCUAUUCCACGACAGCCAGUUAACAUCCCAGUCUCUCACAUAAUUCCUUGAUGUGUACACUCUGAUUGACUGCUGCCCUCCCAUUCCACAACAGCCAGUUAACAUCCCAGUCAUGCAUUGAGAUUCUGUGACUCAUUUGGUGGGUAAACAAAACUGUUUUUAUAAAACAGUUAUAGAUCAAGUAUGUCACACAACAUACCAAGAUAUUUACACAUGAGCUUUACAUGAAUGUAUGUUGUUUUUUGUUGACUAUUUAUUUUUUAGGUAAUCUUGUUAGUCACAUAAACAAGCCGAACUUUAAAAACAAGACUUCAUUUCCUUGUAAACUUUGCUUUGGUUUGUUGAUACUCAAUACACUCCAUUUAAAUUAAAAAAAAAAAGUCCAGUGCUGUGUCGCAGUCAUUCCAUAAGAUACAAAGUUUUAUCUCCUUUUUUUUCCUUAACAAAAUCUCAGUUAUAUAAAAAAUUCUGUCAUUGAAUCAGUAAUGAGCGACUUGACUUAGUCCUCCCUGGCUUAAAUAUGUUGUGCACCAUUGACUUACCUCUCUGCCUUAAAAAAGGUUGUGUGCCCCUGAAUUAGCUCCCAUGACUUAAAUAGACUGUGCACCAUUGACUUAAAUCCUCUGCCUUAAAUGGGAUAUGCACCACUGACUUAACUCCCCUGACUGAAAUAGAUUUUGCACUACUGACUUAGAUCCCCCCGAACUUAGCUUGGACGUCACUGACUUAGAUGGCCUUUUUUUAAGAAAGCAAUGCAAUCCAACUCUGCAUUAGAUAAAUACCAAUGCAGUUGUUUUGCUCUAAUAUAAAGGCAAUUGAUUGAUUAUUACAAAGAUAAGAGCUAGACCCUUGUGUGCUUGGAGAUAGCUUGUAUAUGACUGUACAUUAUGUGGGCAGUGCAUGGCUUUGAUAAAAUUGUUGAUAUAAAUCACCAACUGUUGAGGUGUUAUUGUUUUGAUUAGAACUUGCAGAUAUUAUUACAGAUAAACUAUAUACAGGAAGUGAAAUACUAGGUGAAUGUAGGUAGCUUUAAUGUAUGCCCCCUUGGUGCAUAUGAUUGUGUCCUGAUUUUAUUUGGAAUAACAUAUUGUGCACUUAGGGCUUCUGGUAUUUUCUAACAGUGAAUGUUCUUUAUAAAUGUUUAGUUACCUUUUUUUAUAUUUAAAACCUGUUUUGCUCACUAUAUGAAAUAAAGCAGACUUGAAAAGUUAUUUCCUAGUAGCAGUCGUCAUUGUGGAGAUAUUUAAACAUAUUUUGGUAAAAAAAAGUUAAAAUUUUUUGCUUCUUAUUUUUCUUCAUUAACUUUUUUUUUAUAAUGACUGUUUGAUGAUGACUAAUAACAUAUUUCACCAUUGACCUACCAGUUUAUAAAUCCGAUAUUCUCUUGGUAGGCUACUUAUCUAUAAAUGUCUGAGUUAGAAUAAAUUUGGUACAUCCAAAUUCUAAUAUUCAGUUAUAAUUUGCAUAUAUGUAGAAAAUUAAUAAUAAAUAGUGUUAUAUAUUUUGGGUAUAAAAAAAAAGUGAAUUUACCCAUAAGAUAAAAAUUGUGAAAGGCUGCUGACUGUCUUAGAACUCACUAACGUCCCAAUGCAAAGCAAUCAAAUUAUGCUUAGAAGAAAACAGUAUAAGGAGCCAUGUCAGCUAACUGGUAUCUACCCACAAAUUACUUUUGAAUCAAACUUAUUCUAUGUCAUGUACAUAUUGAGCUUCCUGGUUGGUGUUGCAUAUCUAUAUUUGAUGUAUCCAGUAUUGGAUGAAUGGAAACACAAGUGAACCAGUGCCUAAAUGAUCACAACAGGUUUAAGUUUCUCAACAGUAUUUACCUUUUGCGGUAGAUUACAUCUGAGAUAACACUUUGGUUGGUGCUUGAAAUUUAGAAAAUGGAAGAGUAGGAGGUAUGGGUGGGAGUAGGUCAGGAUGUUUAUUUAAUUAAUCGAAUGGUUUGGCUGUGAGUCAUACUCUUUGAGACAGUGAUACACUUUGUUAUGUGUGUUGUGUGUGUCAUGUGGUUUGGUAAGACAAAGGAUGAAGCGUGUGAGAAAUAUUUAUUUGAGAUUAUAAAAACAUGCACUGUUCAUAAAUUAACAGUUCUACAUUUAUUGUCUGCAGCAAGCGCGCAGAUAUCUAUUGCUCUGUUUUGAAAUUGAUGUUCAGGAAUAGGAAGUGGUUUAAAAUACAACACUUAUCAAAAAGCCUAAGAACAAUUGUGGUUGUUCAUUGGUUGGGUUGAUUAGAUCCAAGAUUGAGUGAGAGCUUCAAGGAUUUGGAAUUGGAAAAGCAAUGAGUAAUGAAAAUACUUCAACUUAAAUGAUUUUGAAAACACCUUAGAUAUUGACAAAAUAAUCCAUUCUUAUGCUAGAUUUAUUUUAACACAGCAAUGCUAAAAGCUUAAGAAACUGCUUAUAGUGACUAGGAUAGUCCUUUUUUUUUUUUUUUUUCCAAGAGCCAUCAUCUGAUAAAAUUGACACAUUUUUCAAGAGCUAAUCAUGGCAAUUCACUUGACUAAGAAAGUCAAAAGUAGAUGACUCAAUGACUCCUUAACAAAGAGGUGAAACUGAAAGCUUAUAGUGACUAGGAUAGUCCUUUUUUUUUUUUUUUGCCAAGAGCCAUCAUCUGAUAAAAUUGACACAUUUGUCAAGAGCUAAUCAUGGCAAUUCACUUGACUAAGAAAGUCAAAAGUAGAUGACUCAAUGACUCCUUAACAAAGAGGUGAAACUGAAAGAGAUGUUUGGAGAUUUUGGCCUUCUUUCAAGGGUCACAUAAUGUAGGAUGUAUAUCUUUAUUGGAUUCAACUAAAUAUGAAUGUGAGGGUCACAUAAUAUGCAAUGUUAACCUUUAUUUACUCUUACUAAAUUUGAAUUUCAGGGUCACAUAAUUUAGGAUGUAAAUCUUGAUUGACUCCUACUAAAUAUGAAUGUCAGGGUCACAUUGUAUGACAUGUAAAUCUUGAUUAACUCCUACUAAAUAUGAAUGUCAGGGUCACAUUAUAUGACAUGUAAAUCUUGAUUGACUCCUACUAAAUAUGAAUGUCAGGCUCACAUUAUAUGUCAUGUAAAUCUUGAUUGACUCCUACUAAAUAUGAAUGUCAGGCUCACAUUAUAUGACAUGUAAAUCUUGAUUGACUCCUACUAAAUAUGAAUGUACCCAUUCAUCAUCACUUAGCUAAAUGUGCCAGUCCCACCACAGUCCUAAACCCCGGGCACACUAGUUUUGAGAUAUCAGGUCCUACUUAUGAAGCUGGCCCACAAAGAAUUAGCAUAUAGCAUCUUACCCUUUACAUCAGUUAGACUGCUGGGUCAAGGGUUCCCAAAGUUGUAAUAAUUGGUAAAUAUUGGAUAAAACUUAAUAAAGCUUUACAAAAACAAACUCCUGUAAUUUUAAUUAGACAAAUGGUGGAACAAGAUAUUUUAAGGCUUGGAAAAAGACAGAACAAUGAAAACGGCGGUUUGGCUAAAUGCCUUCUUCAGCAGACAAAAAAAAAAUUAAUUAAAAAAAAUUAAAUUAGUUAGUUCAUUAAACAUUGCCACAAAAUAAUAGAAAUAUAGUUUUUAUAUUGCUAGGCGAUAUUCUAUCUUAGCAGUUUUUUAAUGUAUUUACUUAUGCAUUCAUUUUCUAAUUAAUUUUUAAAAAAUGAUUCUAUGGUGGGGGCAGAAUGAUUUGAGGGAAGGGUAUAGAUAAAAAUCAUUAAUGGGGCAGUGGUAACAUAUUUUUUGAGGACCCUUCAUCCAUGGGCUGCUGUGUGUUUAUUUUGGAAGCAGCUACCUGAGCUCAGGUAGUUACUAAAAUUAAACAUGUUUCUAAGUUUGUGGCAUCUGUCACUCUUAAUGUGAUUAACUGGGGCCAUGUUAGGCUUGUGGCUUGUUGACAUUUUUAUUUUAGCUGUGGAAAAAAUCCAAGAAGCUGAUUACCCACUACUAACAGUUGGUGAUGUAAUGUAUUGAUUUUCUAGUUAAAAGCUGAAUUUUUCUGUCUGUUAUCUGCUUUUUUGGUCCACUUUCUUGUUGGAGCUUGUUCAUCACCCUGUAACUCUAAAUCAAUGCUUUAAACCAGUCAUGAAAUGGCUCACUUUGAAAUUUACUUCCUACUUCCUAUUUUAUCUAUUUUGUCUUUCCUUGUAUUUGAUUCAAGUUCCCCCUCUUAAAAAAGAAUUAUUUAUCACAUUUAUAAAGUGUUGUCAUCUGAUUGCUUUAUGAACAUCUCCAAAAGUCUUACUUAUAAACAGUAUUUAAAAGAAAGGAAACGAAGCGUAUACAGAGAUUUACCAUGCUUCUGACCUUUCUUGGCCUAUGCUAAAAACACAAAAAUAAUGCAUGGAAGUAAUGAAAUAAAUAUAAUAAGUGAUAAAUAGUUUUUUUUUUUUAUUUCUCAAUGACCAUGCUUUGCAACUAGCCCAGGAAUAUGCCUGUGAUUCCCCCAAUGAUUAGUAACAAUUUUUCAUACAUUUCAAUUUGAGGCAAUUCGAAGUCUUCAAACAGCUGUGCUUUUUUUUUUAAGUGGACCUAAAAACUACUGGAUUUUUUUUUUCCUCCAAGAUCUCAGAUUGGUCCAUUAAUGGAAAGCAAAUGAUUUAAUAAUUAUUUUUAAAUGACAAACUAAUUAGUGAAGUAAGAAAUUAUAUUUUGAAACAAUUACGUUAAAAUACAAAACAGUUUUUUUGAUCUGACAUUAAAAUAAUAAAAGUUCUUUAUCAAACAUAGUCAUCUUCUAAAUAUGUUUGAUUACUUACUUCAUGUGUUUUUUAUCAGUCCCUUUUUUGUAUUUCUGCUUUAGAAAUUGGCAUCCUUAUACAGUUACCUCUAAAACUUCUCACAACGGUUCUCUAUAAGGACCGACCAAAUGUCAUUUUCUGGUUUUGGCCAAAACCGAGACCCAACCGAAAGUUAAAAAAACUUUCUGCCAUAUCCAAAAGAUUAAUGCAAGUUUAAGCCAAAAUCAAAAGAUUUAGAUAUUUUGAAACUCGUUUGUGCAUUUGUCUACGCAUGUUGAAAAAUGAUGGGGUAAAGUAUCAAAUAUUUAUAUACUUUUCAUCAAAAAUGAUAUUAUGGUCAAUUUUAAUAGAUUAACAUCUAAAGAAUACUUGGCUUGAAGCCUUUGACAUAAGCCUUGAAGGAACUCUUUGUUCCGCUAACCCAUACUUUUGAAACUGCGUUCUUAUUCGUUGAUAUUUAAAUUUUUUGUUCAUCAGGAAUUAUCAUGGGUGGGGUCAUUUUAGAUUUGACCCACAGAUUAAACAAAACUUGAACGAAUGUUUAGCUACGUUUAGUAUGACAAUACAGUAAGCUUACUACAUAAUUAAUAUAGAAAACAGUGAUACAUACCAAUGUGAGUGUAGGCUUAUGAUUUAAAUAUAAGCCUAUUUUAUGCCUAAUUAUACAGAAUUAAAAUAAAUAAUUAUAUUUUUGUUAAUAUUGCUAAAGACUAAAGGUUUAAUUUUUCUCUUUCUUUACAUUUGUGUCCAUAUACAUGACUAAUUUGGUAGGAUAUUUACAGUUUAUUUCGUUGUCAAUGACAAUUUUUGAAAUGAAUGUCAAUGAAUGAAUGAAUUGAAUAAGCUUAGGUUUCCCUUAUUUUUAUUGAAAAAAAUUAUUAAAAAAAAAUAAAUAAUGGAAAUGUUAUUAUUCCUUAGGAUUUAUUUUCACCUUUGCCUAAGACAACAUUUAUGAGCAUGAUAAAAAAACAAAAUGAAUGUCACAAAUGAAUGAAUUGAAUAAACCUAGGGUAUCCAAAUUAAAACAAAAAUAAUAAUAUAAAUAUCACAACUUUCGGAGCCCAAACCAAGAUUUUAUUGGCCUCUGGUUCUCUAAUAUCCUAUUUUACCUCAUCCUGACCCAAACUUACCCCCAGCCUGACCAAAAAGUAAUUUAAUCAUUGAUUCAUAAAAGUCAAUAAACCUAGUAUUUAUGGAUUAUUGACCUUGUAGCAAAGUUUCUCUUAUUUGGUUUAUUGUGGUCAACAGCUAAGCCAUUGAUCACACAAUGAUAUGCACCUUUCAUUUAUAGAAAAGUAAAUAAUGGCUCAGAACUGUUAAAACUAAACUUUUAAGAGGAUGAAAGAUAAUAAAUCUAGUUAUAUAAAAAGUUAAUUUUAACAAAUAACAACAUUUUGAAUAUAUAUAUUUUAAUCUUUUUAUUUGAUAAUGAAUGUUAAUUAAAAGAAAGAAAUGGUUUUUGUAUACAGUAUUAUUUACUCAGAAAAGUGUUACAAUAUUGUAGUUUAUCAGAUGUGUGCCUCUGGGAAUGAAGAAAUAGGUGCUGCAAAAUAUUUGCUCCACUCAACUCUACCAUAUACUCUGUAUUAACUCUGUUGUAAUAAACAUCUAUUUAUAUUUAAAGUUAAUUUAACUUUAGAUCCUUAUUACUGAAAGUAUUGGGCCGCAGCGCACAGUAGAAGUUAUUUGAUUCAAUCUUAAAAUCACUUGUGUGAUUUGUAUUUCCAUGUGACAUAAUGACAGUGUAAGGUUAUUAUUUUUUGUUGUCAGAGAGUCACCCGAAGAUAUUGUUGACGGCAACGACACAGACAAUGAUGUGUUCCGCAGCGGCUCGGAGUCACCCCAGUUCACACUUCCUGUGAUUGUUGAUGCUAAGCAACGCCGCGCCACCGUCAGCGGUGGCUCCCCCACAUUUGAAAGGCCAUCCUUAGUAGUAGAGGACCUUGACCCCGCUCCACUACGACCUAAAUCUCAGGCUGUCAUUGUCACAGAGAAGGACGCUGCCAUGGCGUCAAUGAAGGAGGCAGAAAAAUUGCGGCAGAAUGUUCUGAGUAAAGGUAAGGACUAUAAACUCAAUAAGUAACUGCUGUAUACUUGGGAAAACCAGUUCUCUUGUUAAAUGGCAUUCUCAAACUUCUCAUAAACUUUUUUGGGGGAGAUUUGGUCAUCUCAGUACUUCCUAGCCUUGACACUCACAACCUGACGGCUUCUCAUGCUGCUGGCUUCCCACUCCCUCUCAGAGCUUGGGAGGCUGGAGAAAAUUUAUCUUACACCGUGUGGCAGAGAACGGCCAUCCCCAAUAAUAUUUCAACUCUAAUUCAUAGCUAAACAAAAGUGUUUUUUUGCCAGUCUCCAGUCAUUUGUUGGAUAUUAAUACCAAGCCAAAAGUUCAUUUGAAUAUCCUUGAAAUAUUUUGACCUUGUGGAAACAUCUUUGAUCAUUCAAAGAAGCAAGACAAUCUUUUCUACAUACAUUUUAUUAUCACUGUCUUGGGGAUGGUCAUCAUUUGUCAUUCAGUUUCCAUUUUGAUGAAACAAAAUGAAGCUUAACUGAAUGAGAACAUCACAGGGUUAAAUGAGAACAUCACAGGAUUAAAUGAGAACGUCGCAGUAAUACAUGAGAAUAUCACAGUAUUACAUGAGAACAUCACGGUAUUAAAUAAGAGCAUCACAAUAUUACAUAAGAACAUCACAGGAUUAAAUGAGAACAUUACAGGAUUAAAUGAGAAUAUCAUAACAAUACCUGAAAACAUUUUGUUAGUAUUUUUAGGUCUAACUUAAUACACUCAAUCAGCAAAGUGUUACAAGGAUUCAGUAUUAUUUUUAAUGAUGUACAUUAUAUUCCAUAUUGAUCACCAAAUCUUCAUUUCAUACAGCACACUUGCCAAAGCCCUAAUCCAUGCAAGCCAUAGGAUAAAUUUGAGCACCCCAAUCUACUAACACCUGCAUUAUUUGUCAUUGCACAAAAUAUAAGAAUAAACCUUGUCUGCACAUGUUGAUUAGUAGACGACACACAAACAAAUUAAUUCUUAUCAUACUUCAUGUGUCUGUUAUCAAUAGGGUUGAAAAGAAAUUAUUGUCAAGAGUGAACAAAGUAAUUUUUACAUGUGAAAAUUAAUAGUCGGGGACCCACAAUGUUAAUGGUGGUUUUUUUUAUGGAGCGGUUUGGAGGGGUGGGGGGGGGGGGCGAGAUAUGAAAUAACAAGGUAGGAAAAAAGUUGCUGCUCUGCACACUUCGAAUAACUUAUAAUAAUAAAUUUAGUGUUAUCAGAGAAGGGAAAUAAGCUGGGGAGAAAAGUUUUCUUUUACUGACCACAACUAUCUGUAUCUGUCAGUGGCUUGUCUUGUACUGACCACAACUAUCUGUAUCUGUCAGUGGCUUGUCUUGUACUGACCACAACUAUCUGUAUCUGUCAGUGGCUUGUCUUGUACUGACCACAACUAUCUGUAUCUGUCAGUGGCUUGUCUUGUACUGACCACAACUAUCUGUAUCUGUCAGUGGCUUGUCUUGUACUGACCACAACUAUCUGUAUCUGUCAGUGGCUUGUCUUGUACUGACCACAACUAUCUGUAUCUGUCAGUGGCUUGUCUUGUACUGACCACAACUAUCUGUAUCUGUCAGUGGCUUGUCUUGUACUGACCACAACUAUCUGUAUCUGUCAGUGGCUUGUCUUGUACUGACCACAACUAUCUGUAUCUGUCAGUGGCUUGUCUUGUACUGACCACAACUAUCUGUAUCUGUCAGUGGCUUGUCUUGUACUGACCACAACUAUCUGUAUCUGUCAGUGGCUUGUCUUGUACUGACCACAACUAUCUGUAUCUGUCAGUGGCUUGUCUUGUACUGACCACAACUAUCUGUAUCUGUCAGUGGCUUGUCUUGUACUGACCACAACUAUCUGUAUCUGUCAGUGGCUUGUCUUGUACUGACCACAACUAUCUGUAUCUGUCAGUGGCUUGUCUUGUACUGACCACAACUAUCUGUAUCUGUCAGUGGCUUGUCUUGUACUGACCACAGCUAUCUGUAUCUGUCAGUGGCUUGUCUUGUACUGACCACAGCUAUCUGUAUCUGUCAGUGGCUUGUCUUGUACUGACCACAACUAUCUGUAUCUGUCAGUGGCUUGUCUUGUACUGACCACACCUAUCUGUAUCUGUCAGUGGCUUGUCUUGUACUGACCACAGCUAUCUGUAUCUGUCAGUGGCUUGUCUUGUACUGACCACAACUAUCUGUAUCUGUCAGUGGCUUGGUAAAGUGAUGUGAACAAAGCUGUAGAAUUAUCUGACUUUGAUGGACACUACUGACAACUUGACGAGCUCUUGACAUUCUGGGUCAUGGGCAAAGUGAGUGGAAAUCAGGCCGUGAUCACCAGUUGUUACCUCAGCGGUGUACUGUUGAUGAAAGGUUGGAUAGGUUUAAGCCUAGGCUUUCUUAGUGAAGUACCCACUGUCCAUUGUCUUGUGUUGGCUGAUUGGGAGUGUUGAGUACCUUAUGUAACUGGGCAGCCCUCAAGCAAGUUCAUCUCAUUAAAUAUGUCAUAAUUUCUUGGUUGGCAUGAACAGACUUUAGCAAAGUCUUUCGUUCAUUACAUUGUGAUAGAGGAAAGGGCUGGGUUUCUUCUCUGUGAUGUAUUCAAGUAUAUUUGUGUUAGCUGAUUGGGAGUGUUUGGUACCUUAAUGUAACUGGGCAGCCCUCAAGCAAGUUCAUCUCAUUAAAGAUGUCAUAAUUUCUUUGGUUGGCAUGAACAGACUUUAGCAAAGUCUUUCGUUCAUUACAUUGUGAUAGAGGAAAGGGCUGGGUUUCUUCUCUGUGAUGUAUUCAAGUAUAAACAUUUGAAGUGGAUCCAUCAUUUUGUAAGUGUUUUUGUUGUUGUUGUUGUUGUGUUAGUAGUAUGAACAUUGAAUAGUCAUUCUUGUCUGGUGAGUAGGUGUUUUACAAGGGUUGUUCUUGACUUUGACCUCAGCAUAGAGGACAUCAAUUAGAGGGUUAAAAAAGAUUUAGAGGAGGUUGCUGUGAAGAUAGAUGACAUCACAUAAAAAUUACCUGAUAGAUUUCAAAAUGAUCAUAUAUUAACAAUAAAAGGCUUGAGCCUUGAAAAUUGAUUUAUUUUCAUUUGCUCUCAAACUAAUGAUAUUUUUAAAGAAUUAAAUAAGGCUGUCUUAAUUACCAGAAGCAGACCUUGUCUUAUUUAUCAUAAUCGGACGAGGUGUUUUUUUAUGUAUUAAAUCAAGGGAAAUUUAAAAAUGAAUUAUGAAUGUAAUACCUGCACAUUUCUGGAGAAUAUGUCAACUCAUCAAGUUAUAUAAUUCUUGUCAUUAAAUUUGUGAUAGUCUGAAACAUUUUAAUCAAUGUUGUUGCCAGAAGUAUUCAAUGUUUUUAAAAUACAUAAUUUCUUAGAAUCAAUAUUUAUUUUUUGGGGUGGUGUAAAUAAACUUUAUUUAGCUAUCAGUAUUGUAAAAUAUGUCGAAGGUGUCCCAGAAAUCUCAGCUGGCAAACUCUCUUCAGUCAGUGAUUAAUACGUCAUUGUUCCCUGUAUGAAAAGGAAUACAUUAAAAAUUCAGCCAUUACUAUUUAAAAUCAUUUGUGGGUUCCCAUUUCCCUGGGUCCUUAUUUACAGACCUUCAAAGGCCCAUGAACGGCAGGUUGAGGAACACUGGCACCUCUGAGAUGUAAUCUGUUGCUGAGAUUGUGAAUCAGUGAGAUGAUCAGUACAUUUUUGUCCCAGUGAAUCAUUUCAAGGAUUGUUACUACCAGAUUUACCUAGAGCAUGACUCAUAGAUGCUGGUGUGGUUGAUCAUGAGGUUCAAAAACAAAAAUAGUGUGAGACAAUAAUCAGCCUCUAGUUUAGUUUGAGAUAAUGCGAAUGCAUUUGAUUUACUGUUAAAACACUUUUAUGUCAAGUAAAUCACUUUGCCGUUGGUGUAGUGAAAUGUAAAAAAGGUAAAAUUUGGCAACAACACUGGAACAAAUAAAUGAUUGAAGUAAAUUUUUUUCUUAAACAUCCAUGAAAUGAUACAGGUGAUUUCAAAUAUAUACCAGACCUUGCACACACAGGUUACAAACACUUAGUUGAUGUACCGGUGCUGUGCAUCACAUUGUGUUCGGACAUUGUCGAAAUUGCACACUUGUGUUAAAAGGAAGUUGUGUGUUUCAUUGUCACAGAGAAGAAGAAGCCGAAUGUGUUCGAGGAUCCAGGCGUAAAGAGACUUGGGAGUAUGCUGCAAGUGUUGGGGAAUGUACUGAGUACCGAUGACGUCACCAAAUCUGAGGAGUUUUUCCUUGACACACAGUUCACAGUUAAACAAGGUAACUUGUAGUUGUGUCCUGUAGUGCCCUGUGUUGCGAGAGGAGCAUCACUAGCGGAAUGACUAAGUUUGGCAUUAGGGUAGGUCCCUUGGUUGUGAGAGGAACAUCACUGGCGGAAUGACUAAGUUUGACAAUAGGGUAUAUCAGUUAUCGCCAGUUGCUGGAAUGUUGUGAAUUAAAUAACUAUAAACUCCAGAUCUGCCAGUUACCUCAGGGGAGAUUAAAAGCUGCUGUCCUAUAAGUUAAAUGAACAUCUGCUGAUGUUCAGGGUCUUGUGGCUGGAAUAGAAGGAGAUGUCUUUCUGCCAGCCCAGAUGGUGCUGCACUUCUCAUACAAGACAUGUCUUUGGUGUGAGCGUGUAACCAACUGCUUGUCACUUUCUCAUCUAAUGCCUUGCGGGUAACAUAAGUUGGUCAACAGGCUUUCCACUUCCCAGUCUUGCAAAACCAUAUCUUACUAACAAUAGAUUUUCUGCAUAUUUCAAAUGUUUUAAACCUAGAGUACCCUCGAGAACAGCGGUUCCCAACCAUUUUGAUUAGCGGAGCCCCUUUUUUAGAAUCAGUUUAUGUCUUGAAAGUUGUUGGUGUUUCGGAGUGUCCUGGAGCGCCAGCAGAGCCCCAGCCAAGUGCGAGGCAUUUAAGCUCAGAGGAAAACAAGUUGGGAACCACUGUUAUAGGAAUUUUAAACCCUGAGAUCCCCCCCCCCCUUACACACCUAACCCCCCAUAGUGGUAGUAAAUUGCAAAAAAUGUAAUGGCACUUCCAGAUAUUUUCCUUGAUUCACCAACACCACCACAAACAAAGGCAGACAACCCAGAGUGUGAUCCAGCAUUAAACCACAACAGCUCUUCGGUAAAAAAUUUGAAUACACUUGGUGUUGCAGCUGGUGAUAUAUUAAACAGCGGAGACGCAGAAGCACCUGAAAGUCUGGAAGGUAAAUCUGCAUGAAGAAACAUUUGUUUAAUUUCUUCUUCCUGUUUGCCUUCUAUUUAUUAUAUUUAUUGUUUAUUCUUAACUUAUCUUGCUUCAAAUCAUUGUCUGUUUAUUCAGUGCAAGUGUAAGUGAUUUGUUUGACUUGUAAAAGUGUGUGGGAUAAUGGAAUGUAUCCCAACAUGAUAAAUUCAGCUGGAUGUAUGAGAAUGUUACUCUUUAGAUAUUAGAUCUUUGUUUACUCUGAUGCUCUUUAUGGCCAGCUAAAUGAGCCAUCUGCCUCAUCUACUGAGUAGAGAAAGUUUGAGUUAACACAGCUAAUGAUAAGCCUCACAGUGUACAACAGCAGUCAUCAAAAGAGUCCACACCAUUAUGUUAAGACAGUUUAAAUUGAACAGGAGUUCUGUGGUUAUUAUUGUUCUCAGCCAUUUCUCACAUUGUCAGGCAUUGAUAAACAAAGAAACGAAAUUCCUAAUUAUACCCCCCAAAAAACCCCCAGAAGAUUAUUUGCCAUUUUGUUACUUAAGAGUAGUAAUUUUCAAAGGUGGUGAGAUUAAGACCAAAAAAAAAAGGAGUAAUUUUGGUUCUACAAUUUCAUCUGCAGCCGCUCACAAAGAGUCAGAGGUGAAAGGUCAAGAGUUCAUCAUUACCAAACCCACACCAGUAAACAGAGAAAGUGCUGCUCGCAGUAGACAGCAAAAGGUGGGUAACUAUUUUUGUUGAGCUUUGGUCCUGCUAUACAACUUUGAUCGUAAUUAAAUAAUUACGAAACAUGGAGAUCUAUUUUAAUAGAUCCGUGUAGUUUCUCAGACAUGUGGACAGAAAACCCAUAAACGUAUUAGGUGUAUCAUGUUAAAAGAACCCACAAGUUUGCUUGACACACUUAUAGAAAACACAAACAUUUGUUAAACAGUAUUUACAAAGUCAAAACUAUUCCAUCGUUCCACAUCUUUCUUGUGGGACUAAAUGCUCUUAAGAUCAGGGAUUCAAGAAAUUCAAAAAUAAACUUUAAAAAUGUUUCUUGGGUUACUUUAAAAAUGUUUCUUUGGUUACUUUAAACAUGUUUCUUGGGCUACUUUAAAAAUGUUUCUUGGGUUACUUUAAACAUUUUCUAGGGUUACUUUAAACAUGUUUCUUGGGUUACUUUAAAAAUGUUUCGUGGGUUACUUUAAACAUGUUUCUUGGGUUACUUUAAAAACGUUUCUUGGGUUACUUUAAAAAUGUUUCUUGGGUUACUUUAAACAUGUUUCUAGGGUUACUUUAAAAAUGUUUCUUGGGUUACUUUAAAAAUGUUUCUUGUGUUACUUUAAACAUGUUUCUUGGGUUACUUUAAACAUGUUUCUUGGAUUACUUUAAAAAUGUUUCUUGGGUUACUUUAAAAAUGAUUCUUGGGCUACUUUAAACAUGUUUCUUGGGUUACUUUAAACAUUUUCUAGGGUUACUUUGAACAUGUUUCUUGGGUUGCUUUAAACAUGUUUCUUGGAUUACUUUAAAAAUGUUUCUUGGGUUACUUUAAAAAUGUUUCUUGGGUUACUUUAAACAUGUUUCUUGGGUUACUUUAAAAAUGUUUCUUGGGUUACUUUAAAUAUUUUCUAGGGUUACUUUAAACAUGUUUCUUGGGUUACUUUAAAAAUGUUUCGUGGGUUACUUUAAACAUGUUUCUUGGGUUACUUUAAACAUGUUUCUUGGGUUACUUUAAACAUGUUUCUUGGGUUACUUUAAAAAUGUUUCUUGGGUUACUUUAAAAAUGUUUCUUGUGUUACUUUAAACAUGUUUCUUGGGUUACUUUAAACAUGUUUCUUGGGUUACUUUAAAAAUUUUGUUGGGUUACUUUAAACGUGUUUCUUGGGUUACUUUAAACGUGUUUCUUGUGUUUUUUAUUUGUUGGAUUGAUUUGUUUCAAUUUCAGUUUUAUCAAACGAAAAACAGAUUUGAUAAUUUUUCUUUUAUAGUUGAAGAAAAACUGUAAAGAAAUUGGGGCUGGUCAGGCUGUUUGAGUUACAGAACUGCAGAUUAAGUUUAUUUUUGCACCCACUGUAACAAAUAAAUGUCCCCAUUUGAAUUCCCUAUUUCCUGGACAACCAAAACUACAUAAAGUAUCAUUACAUUACAUUCUAUGGGGCAUUCGACAUUUCUAACAUUCAAGUCACCGUAGAAGUUACUUUUGUCGAUGUCACAGUUUCAGGGAUGCUUCUAGAUUAAAGUUGUACAUUGAGUUAGCAUAAUGGCUUGAGCCAUCUCAUUACAGCCACCUACUUCCAGCUGAUCAUUUUAAUGCAGUCUGCACCAUAUAGUAGAGGAUUAAAAGAACUUUGUACACAAAUUUGUAUUCGAACACUUCCAGAUAAUCAGUACUGAGAUUGCUGGCAAUGCUGCCCGUAGUGAUGCCCCGCAGCUCAUGAGGAUAAAGCGAUUGGAUUCUGAGCAGAUUAACCAAUUGGUAAAUUGUUGAAAAAUCUUUUUAUCUGUUAAUCAAGAGCCCUACUGGUCACCAAGAUAUUUAUCCACUAACAAGCACUAAUCAAUAAUACUCCACUGCAGUGGUUUUCAACGGGCAUGUUGUGUGUGACACACUGGCAUGUUGUGUGUGACACACUGGCGUGUUGUGUGUGACACACUGGCGUGUUGUGUGUGACACACUGGCAUGUUGUGUGUGACACACUGGCAUGUUGUUUGUGACACACUGCCAUGUUGUGUGUGACACACUGCCAUGUUGGGUGUGACACACUGACAUGUUGUGUGUGACACACUGCCAUGUUGUGUGUGACACACUGCCAUGUUGUGUGUGACACACUGCCAUGUUGUGUGUGACACACUGGCAUGUUGUGUGUGACACACUGGCAUGUUGUGUGUGACACACUGGCAUGUUGUGUGUGACACACUGGCGUGUCUUGAGCUUUUUAUAUAAAUUAAGAAAAAUUGAAGAAAAAUUAUGUUUGAAACUAAGCAUUACUUUACAUAAUCUUUGCUCUCUGUUAAGCAUUACUUUACAUAAUCUUUGCUCUCUGUUAAGAAUUACUUUACAUAAUCUCUGCUCUCAUGCAUUACUUUACAUAAUCUCUGCUCUCAAGCAUUGCUUUACACAAUAUCUGCUCUCAAACAUUAUUUACAAAAUCUCUGCUCUCAAGCAUUAUGUUACAUAAUCUCUGCUCUGAAGCAUUACUUUAAUAAUCUCUGCUCUCGAGCAUUACUUUUAAAUAAUCUCUGCUCUCUGUUGUUAAGCAUUACAUUAUCUUUGCUCACCGUUAAGCAUUAAUUUUCAUAAUCUCUGCCCUCAAGCAUUGCUUUACACAAUCUCAGCUCUCAAGCAUUAUUUACAAAAUCUCUGCUCUCAAGCAUUAUUUACAUAAUCUCUGCUCUAAAGCAUUACUUUAAAUAAUCUCUGCUCUCAAGCAUUGCUUUACAUAAUCUCUGCUCUAAAGCAUUACUUUGAAUAAUCUCUGCUCUCAAGCAUUGCUUUACAUAAUCUCUGCUCUCAAGCAUUGCUUUACACAAUCUCAGCUCUCAAGCAUUAUUUCCAAAAUCUCUGCUCUCAAGCAUUAUUUACAUAAUCUCUGCUCUAAAGCAUUACUUUAAAUAAUCUCUGCUCUCAAGCAUUACUUUACAUAAUCUCUGCUCUCCAGCAUUACUUUACAUAAUCUCUGCUCUCUAUUUAUUCAAAUAAAACUAUUAAAAAUAAUUUUAGUAACUUUUUCUGGAAUAUUCAGCUUGCUGGCUUUCUCCCUGCACUCUUCCUUUGAAGUAUCUAGAUGAGACAUGCUUGGGAAUCCCUGGGUCUGUUACCCAGUUAUUGAUUGAAAGUCACAGCAGACAUUUUGUAAUUGAAAGUUUACUGGAGAUUAUAAUGAGGAAGGAAAAAAGGAGGAAGUUAUUUUUGUAUUCAUUGGUGUGUGACUGGUACAUCUGUGAUUGCUGGGGUAGAAAGAAGCCCAAAGUACACACUGUUCGCUCUCACUUGUAGGAUACAUUUUCCAAUGUUAUUCAACAUGGAAGGAUCAAGGAUUUUGUAUUGGUCCACUGUGGUGUCAUGUUUAGUUAAGUCUUAGCAUUAUAUCUGGAACUCUGUGAAUAAUUUAACUUUUAAUGUCCGUAACAUAAAUAGCCACAACGGUGCAUUAGUCAUCCAAGUCUUUUACAUCUGGUUAUAUUUCAUCAUUUCACAUGCAGAUGGUGUGGACUAAUAUCACUGUUGGUUCAGAUGUUAAUUUUUUAAAAAUAUAACAAAGACACAGGAUUAAAAUGAUACAUUUCAGUAUCUUGAAAAAAUGCUGUCCAACUAGUUUAAAUUGUGUAAUUGUUUUGACUUUCUAACUUAUAAUUUUAAUGAAGUUGAAGAUAUUAUUUGAGCUGUGUAGCAACAACCAGAGGAUUGAAUAUGAAUUUUUAGUUGAACAAUUACUGGAUUGUACAGGUUCUAGUUUAAUGACCCACUAGUAGAACAGUUUCUUGGAAGAAGAAUGUGGACGUCAUAUUCAUUGAACAAAAAGCAUUCAGCCGAAGUUAUUUAUGAAGAUGAUGUACGUAUUGUGAUCUUUUGAUGCAUGUGAUAAAAGUUUUAAUGGUUAUUCAUUCAAAAAUAUCAUUUAUCAUCAACCACUAACACACCUCAGGCAUCUAAUUCACCAUUACUCACCAUUACUCCCCACUACUCACCAUUACUCACCAUUACUCACCAAUGCUCAGGUUUAUGGUUUUUAUCUUCCACCAGUGGAACAUCAUAUUGUUCCUAGGUGGCACACAGUGAUAAAAGAAAAAGCAAAUGUGAUAAAAUAGAUAUCUGGUUCUUGUAACAAAUAUGGCCCAUGACUUUUACAGAAAUUUUCAGCAGUUUAUUUAAGUAGCACAAUGGUCCAAAGUUGUGAGAACCCUGGUCAUCUUAGUUGUUUAUCCAUCUCUGAACCAAAAUUCUCACUUUCUCUCCCAGAAUAGAGAUAAUAAAAUUGUCUUGCAUAAACCCAGUUCCAUUUCUGUUAAAAUUCAGGAGUCUAAGAUGAGCAGCGAUGACGAGGUGUUCAAGACAGAGAAACAUGUAGGGUUUGCUGAGGAUACAUCAGACAAUGAGAAAAAAAAGAUGUGAGUGACCUGAGCAUUUUUUUAAUUUUCAUUGGGUUGAGUAGUACCCACAUAAAGUAGAAACACAAAUUCAAGGGGUUGAGAAUGUUACCGUGUUUAGUAGCAUUCAAAUAGGACAUGAGUAAUGAGAGGUAGACUGUGUCAAUGACAAUUACAAGUAAUCAAAUAAAAACAAAGUAAGAACUAUAUUUAAGAAAUGGGCUCCACCAGGGAAAUGCCAUUGCUCAGCAGCCCUGCAACCUGGAAGUAUCUCCUUCAAAACCAUGCACAGUUGCACCGCGAACCCCUCUACAAACACAGGAGCCAGAAUGAUCAAUACAUUGAUAGUGGGCCCUCAAAAUAUAGAAGAAGAAGAAAUGAGAAAAUUGCUUAGACAUUUUAGCAAAGCGUCUCACUGAAGAGGCCUCUAUUUCACUGCCUGUGCUUAAACUUAUAAGCAAUCAAACUAUCUGUGGGCAGCAAUAGAAUUUGGGCAAUUUGACUUCUAUUGCUGCCCACAGAUACUACUUACCAGCUAAGUGCUAUUUCUUAUUUUUAUACCGGUUUUUUUCUGUUUUGUUCGCUGACGAAGGCUUUCUGCCGACACGUUCGCUGUUGCGUUUAUUUUUUCAGUUUUAACCCUACUCUUUUACUUAUUUUAUUUUGUACUAACCUGAUUGCAGUCUCUCCCCUUAUUACCACCAAACAAGUAAAACAAGUUAGUAUCUACUAAAACUUUGUCACAACUUCAUCCCAUGCAGUCUCCUCCCCCUUGUUACCAACCAAACAAGUAAAACAAGUUAGUAUCUACUAAAACUUUGUCACAACUUCAUCCCAUGCAGUCUCUCCCCCUUGUUACCACCAAAAAAAAUGAAACCUCCUGAAUAUAUAAUAUAUUUGAAAAACAAAUUUCCGUUUAAAGAGUUAAUGUAAGUCCACAUAAGUCCAUAGGCCAACUGGGCCAUUUGGCAACACAAUUUAUUGCAAAUCAAAAUGCUGUAAUAUAUGUUAAAGACCAGAUAUUAAAAAUUACCAAUGCAGGGUGUCCGCAAGGGAAAAUCAUUCUGAUUUUAAUAUGUUGAUACGGUCAUACAUGGUUUUAGUUCUGCAAUGUGUAUCACCUGCCACAUUGUUGAGCAAAUCCAACCCCCCCCCCCCAUCCCCCAACAACCAUAUGCUGAAAUCUUUAUAUUUUGGUUUCCCAUAACCUUAUCUUUAGGGGAUUACUUCUUUAAGUCCAUAGGCCAACUGGGCCAUUUGGCAACACAAUUUAUUGCAAAUCAAAAUGCUGUAAUAUAUGUUAAAGACCAGAUAUUAAAAAUUACCAAUGCAGGGUGUCCGCGAGGGAAAAUCAUUCUGAUUUUAAUAUGUUGAUACGGUCAUACAUGGUUUUAGUUCUGCAAUGUGUAUCACCUGCCACAUUGUUGAGCAAAUCCAACCCCCCCCCCCCCAUCCCCCAACAACCAUAUGCUGAAAUCUUUAUAUUUUGGUUUCCCAUAACCUUAUCUUUAGGGGAUUACUUCUUUAUUUAAAGUUAUUUUGAUAAAAUUUAAACCACACUUUGAUCUAAACAAUGAUAUAUAGAUUUAAUUAAAAAUUUUCAUACAUUGAGAAACACAAUAUUCUUUACUGUUUAUUUUGAUAGCUUAUCGUUUUAUAAAUUCUGACAAAAAAACAAACAAAAGUCAACAGUUUAAUUACUUUCCAUUCAUUGUUGUUCUCUCCCAGAUUUUUAAAAAGAAAUAAUGUAAGUAUUUGUCCAUUUUCUAAUAUUUUAAGCUAUUUGAAGUCCUCCUCCAGCUUGUACAUGAUUACUUUUGAAUCUCCCCAGAUUCCACAAUGUUGUCAUUGGUGGCGUGCUGCAAAAAAUACCAGCAAACACAGUAAUGUUACACUCAUGUAUAGUCCAGUAGAUUGACAUAUAGAAUCAUUAUUCCUAAGAUUUUAAAUACAUUUUUGAGUUGCUUUGCUUUUUUUAAAUAGUCUAAACUUAUACAGAAUAGCAAAAAGAAACUAGGAUAUCCAUGUCUAAUGGAUGUCAAAUUACAUUUUUUUGCCACUAGUGGAUGUGAUCUGUAAUCAACCCAAAGGUUUUUCUGUUCAAAAAAAAAAAUUAAUUCCAAAAGUUAUUAUGAUGGUUAAAAAGGAUUUUUUUGCCUACUGUAAUGUUUAAAUAACUCAGCGCUUUUACUAUACCAGUUGUGGACACAAUUUUGUUUCUUCAAAAAAAAGAAGCUCUCUCUCCCCAAGUUAUUUAAUGCUCUUACCAAAUGUCUUAGAGAUAGUUUAAUUACUCUGCAUUUGUCCCGUGUGUAGUCAUGGUUACUAUUGAUUUAGAUAUUUGAACAUCUCAAACCUAGUUAUGAUCUUUGAUGGUGGCAUGAGAUAAUUAAAAAAAUACACUUCAAGUUUAAAUGUUACAAUUGAAAGAAAAAAGCUGGAGCUUGAAGUAUCUCUCUCUCUCUCUCUCUCUCUCUCUCUCUCUCUCUCUCUCUCUGCAAAUGUGUCUAUUUGGCUAUUCCAGUAAAUUUCAUUGUUUUUAUCUCUAUUAUGUUGACAGUCACCUCCAGUGAAACUCAGAGGUAAAUCUACCACCAAAACCAAACUAGGUAGGUCAUCUGGACACAAAUUUUAAUUCCAGUAGUAAAAUGUCUGUAUUUAGUAUAUCUAUGCCUUUCUGGGCAAAGAUCUGCCAAUCUUUAUAUUUGUAUUUGUAAACUAAACAUAUUUUGUUUUAUCUACACCAAUUGUUUGUCUCUAAUUAAUCUACUUUAAACCUUUAUCACAGUCCAACACUCUUAUAAUUAGUAUAUUAAGUAAAAGUUAAGUGUUUGACCAUGACAGAUUAAUCUUUUGGAUACUUUUUUUAUCUGAUUUUUUCUUUUCUUUUAAGGAAAACAUUUAUGUGAAGUCCUGACCAUGUAUUUUUAAUGUUGUGUAUGUGCAGAUCGACGAAUUUCCUGUAAAGAUUUGGGAAAAGGAGAAUGUGAAGGCUGGUUGUAUAAGAAAAAACAAAAAUCUGGGACUUUGUCUAAACAUUGGGAUAAACGCUGGUGCGUGCUAAAAGAUGGCCACCUCUUCUAUUACAAGCAUAAAGAUGUAAGUGUUAGUGAGUGAGUGCAAGGUUCAAACUUGGGAUGGAUGCUAGAAUGUGUUAUGUGAGUGCAAGGUUCAAACUUGGGAUGGAUGCUAGAAUGUGUUAUGUGAGUGCAAGGUUCAAACUUGGGAUGGAUGCUAGAAUGUGUUAUGUGAGUGCAAGGUUCAAACUUGGGAUGGAUGCUAGAAUGUGUUAUGUGACUGCAAGGUUCAAACUUGAGAUGGAUACUAGAAUGUGUUAGUGAGUGACUGUAGGGCUGAAGCUUGGGAUGGCUACAACAAUGUGUUGAUGACUGCAUGGUCUCAAUCUUGAGAUGGAUGCUAGAAUGUGUUAUGUGAGUGCAAGGUUCAAACUUGGAUGGAUGCUAGAAUGUGUUAUGUGAUUGCAAGGUUCAAUCUUGGGAUGGAUGCUAGAAUGUGUUAUGUGAUUGCAAGGUUCAAUCUUGGGAUGGAUGCUAAAAUGUGUUAUGUGACUGCAAGGUUCAAAUUGGGAUGGAUACUAGAAUGUGUUAGUGAGUGACUGUAGGGCUGAAGCUUGAGAUGGCUACAACAAUGUGUUGAUGAUUGCAUGGUCUCAAACUUGGGAUGGAUACUAGAAUGUCUUAGGGACUCAAAGGUCUCAAACUUGGGAUGGAAACCAAACAAAUAGAUUUUAUUUUACUUCAUCAAUCUAUUUAUUCACUAGGAGAUAAUUUUAAUAGUUAAUUUUUAUGGGCAUUUAUUAUGUUCUGAACACAUUAGUUAUUACAAAAAUGAGCAUCCACAUUUCAAAGAAACAGGCGCCUCUUAAAAUGGUCUCACAAGUUAGUGACAGUACACACCCAAACAAAAAAAAAAAAAGGAUUAAUAUUUACGGAACUUAAUUUUUUUUAUUGUUUCAUGGGGGAAUUAAGUUAGGCGAUAAAUGUAGAUAUAGUUUGGUGAAGAAUUUAGGCCAAUUUUGGUGAUGAAUGUAAGUUAUUCUAUUAUUUUAGCCCAAAGUUUGAUGACCACUAAGAGUCAGAGUUUGAAUAGCAUUUUUUGUUUUUUUUACUUCCUUCAAAAAAAUCAAGGAUCAGAAAGCAGAAGGUGUGAUUGUAUUGCCAGCAUUUUUUGUGUCUCCAGCCCCAAAUUUAAAAACAAAGAAAUUGUAAGUGAUCUAAUUUAGUUACUAUGUCAAAUAUAUUUAUUUCAACCAAUAUUACCCCCAAAAAUGUCAGUUUCAAAGCAUUCACAGAACUUAAACUUUUUGUAGAAAUAUUUUACGUUAGGAGAAAUUACCUCUAAUAUUUAAAUACAAUUAAUUUUAAAAAAUUACAUUGAAUUGGCAAAUCAAAUUAUGUGGCAAAGCUUAAAUUGUCUGAAAAUGCUUAACUUUUAAUUGAAAAGGUUUAUGGACAUUCUUUUAACAUUUCUGAAAAAAUUUGUUAAGCUUAUAAUUGUUUCUUAUAUAUUUAUAUAUAUAUGUAUAUCAUUCAUGUUUCUGUGACAUCUUUUUCUAAUUGAAUGAAAAUAAUUGUUUUAAAUUCAAAAUAUGCAUGUAUGUUUUUGCCUUGUUCAAAUAAGAUAUUAUUAUUAAAAAAUGUGUAUCCUAUUAAAAUGGUAACCUCAUUUCUUUUGCUAUAUCCAAGAGUUUAUAGGUAAGCUUUAAACAAAGAAAAAAACGUUGCCAUUUGUUAUGCUUUUUUACUUUAUGUGGCUUUUGGAGACUCAAGGAUAAAUUCUUAACAUGUUUCAGAAACGUACGCUACAUAUCUUACAGUGAGAUAAAUAAAUAUUUCAACUCAAUUGAGAUAAACUAAUAUAUAACAUCAAUAAUUUUAAAUUAAACCAAUGUUUUAGGCCAGAAUGGCUAUUCCUUAUCCACUUCUAGUAAAAGAUCUUAAAAAUGACAGACAGUGGGAAGGAAAUAACAGACAAAGUGGAACCAUUGCAUGAUAUCAAAAUAUUUAAGUUUUCAUUAAAAUGUUCAAGUAUGUUAUAAUUGAAUUAUUAUAUAAAAAAAAAAAAACUUUGAUGAGGGGGAUACACAUCUAGAUGCCCAAUUAUAAUUACACUUCUAGAAUAAAUGGAAUUAGUUGUUUGUUGUAUUCUUUUAAUCAGCAGGCAAUCAACACUUGGCUAUUUUCUUCAGUUUCUCUGCACCUUGUUUGCUCAUGUACAGUGCCCUACAUGUUUUUUUUGCUUAACUGCUCUGAAUUUUUUGUUGCAUUUUAUUUCUAAAUAAUUACAGGUGACAAUCAUUAGUUGUUAUUUUGUCAGCUUCAUUAUUUUUUUUGACAUUAUGAAGAAAAGAUUUUGGGCAGUGGAAAAUUGUAUCAGUAUUUUGUAUAUACUUUUGUAUUUUUUUUUUGUGUCACACCAAUUACGGUAAGGUGGAAAUCUUUACUUUUGCUCAGUGGCUCCAUUAGUUUUAAAGAUUUUUGGUAUAAUUUUUAUGUAUGGGGGAGGGGGGGAGGGAGAUAAAUGACAUAUAAAGUAGAGCAUCAAUUUUCCAAAUGCGGGUCACCGGUACUGCCCUUAUCUAUUUUUAAUAUUAUUGUCAUACCCAAUGCACAUUGCAUGGCGCAUAGGUGUACAAACAGAAAAUGAUUCAGACCCACAAUCCAUGAAAAAUCUUGAUUUGUUAUUUUUAAAUGCGAUAAUGUGAUCUGCAAAUUUGUAAAUUAAUAUAUAUCACAGAAUACUAAAUCACCAUACAUGUAUGAAGUAAUAAUAUAUUGUAUUCUAUGUACUAAAUUCUCUAGUCCAACCUUUCUGUGAGAUGUUUCGGUUAUCCGAAUCCACCCCUUUUCCAAAUUAGUCUGGAUUAUUGAAUUUCUAUUGGAUUACCUUGAAGCUUAUUACCAUAAAACAAUUUCUAUUUCCUCAAGUUUGGGAAGUAUGCUUUAAUUCAAAUCUUGCUUAGUGGUUUAAGGACUAUUUUUUCUCAUGUAAUGUAUUUUUGUUGUUUCAGCAAUAACAUGCAUCUUGACAUAUUUGGUUGAAUAAUGUUCUAUUAAAUGUUUGUUUCUAUAUGUUUUGGCCUAUACUGGUAUUUUAACUUGUUAUACUUUGGUAAGAACUUAUUUAGAUUUUAAAAAAUAGAAAAGCCUUGAAACCAAUAUUACAAGCACUAAAUCUCAAUCAUUAAUGUAAUUUUGUUAUUUUCAUUUACAGCCCAUUUGUUGACAGUGAUUUUCUACUUUUUAUUUUUUUAAUUGUCAUUGUAGUUGCUUUUGCUGUUAUUAUUUUUCUUACCAAGUCAAUUGUCUUUUGUAUCUUAAAUACAUCAAAUUUUAAUUUCAAUGUCUAAUUUCACGAGUGCUAAAGAUGAAAUGUGUCCAAAUCACAACUGUCUCCACUAUACUGAUUUAAUCAUAAUUUUUUGAUUUCCUUAAUGUCAAAGAUUCUGAAUGUAUCAGUACUUUAACUUUAAUCAUGUAUCUUACAUUCAGAUCGAGAUUUAAGUGUUGGCAGGAAUACUAAUUUAUAUUUGGACUAUUUUGGUUGGCUCAACUAGAUAAAAAAUUUAAUUUAGUAAAUACAAUAAACUUCUUGUUCAGUUUUUUCAAUUUCAUAAAAUCAUCUUUGGAGCUACACGGCAAGGGAUAGUGUGCCAGAAAAUCACAGGCUUGAGUGCCUUGAGAUGUUAGACAACAGGCUUGAGUGCCUUGAGAUGUUAGACAACAGGCUUGAGUGUCUUGAGAUGCUAGACAACAGGCUUGAGUGCCUUGAGAUGCUAGACUACAGGCUUGAGUGCUUUGAGAUGCUAGACAACAGGCUUGAGUGCCUUGAGAUGUUAGACAACAGGCUUGAGUGCCUUGAGAUGCUAGACAACAGGCUUGAGUGCCUUGAGACCUCUAUUCUAGAUUUUCAAAUCUUACCCUCUAGUUAGUCUUUUUUAAUGAUUUAAUUUAUUUUAACAAGGAUUUCAGAAUUUUUUUUUUUUUACCACUACAGUGCUUUCAAAAUUCACAAUGGAGGGACAGCCUUUUACUUUGCCUCUGAGAGGCAGGAUGAUAUGGGAAAGUAAGUUUUAAAAGCAUGUAUUUUGCAGGGUAACCUAAAUCAAAAGUAUUUAUAACUCACUUUCAAAGUUUAUAUACUGAAUUCUACAUUAUUUGACUAACACUGAUGAUAAUACAAUACUCCCAUUUAAGGCUAAUUUUUAUUUUAAAUAAGGAGAGUGUCCAAAUUUUUUUUUGGAUGAAUCUCAUAGGUGGAUGAACAAAAUGGGCCUUGCUGCAAUAAAUUACAAAACUGAAGUCAAGCAAGAAGGCACAACAUCAACUGGUGUGACCAUAAAGCCAGAGAAAGCAUCAGCAUUAGCAACAGAAAACAAACGCAAGUCGAUGCCUUUAAAACUAUUUCACUCACAGGAGUCAUGAUAGAGCUAAAAUACUGGUCCUUGAACUUUCUUUAAGACUUAAUACAUUAGUGAUAGCUAGUAAAUUAAAUAUUUACUUUUGUUUGAGAAGCUGCCAAAAUUAUGUGACGUAAAGAAAUAUUGCACUGAAUACCUAGAUAACAUGUAAACAAUUUUUUUUUUAAAUGGCGCUUUAAAAAGCUUUUUAAAAGAUAUAUCUAUAUGUGAAUAUUAAAAGUUGCUGCCAAAGUAACAAUAAAAUUUGUAAAAAUUAGGCUCUGGUAUUUAAUGAACAUAAAGGAUUUCAUGUUCAUUUUUUCCCCAUAGCUCUUAAAGCUAGAUAAAUUAAUCAUGUUUCUGAGUGUUUGUUGUAUCACAGACUUCUCACAAGAAAAACUCUAUAAUUUCCUUCAUUUCCAUGAAAUAUCUUUAGUAAAGGAAAUGGCUUUUCCUCUAUUUCAUGUCAUGUACAAGAAUGCAAAGCAAACAAUUAAAUAUCUUCACUAUUUAAUAAAUGCCAGCAAAUAAAAUUAUCUAUAAUUAUCUAUAAUAUAUAGAAUAGCUUAUUUAAAAAUCAGUUAUAUUGCAAAAUCUUUCUUAACUGAGCUUUUAAGUAGCUUUCACAAUGUGAAUGUCAGUAAGAAACGCUUUCAUCCAUUUUUGGUUCAAAAGACAAAUGACACAACUCUUCUUGAUAGAUGUCUACUAUAGUGAAAGUGAAGGUGAUGAGGAUGAUCUCAGCAGGAAAUGGGAAGGAAGCACUGCAUCCAUCAACAGUAUCAACAGCUCACCAAUGUCAUCACCAGUUUUGAAAAGGUUCAACCUGGAACAAGUUCAAAGUUAGUUGCCUUGCUAAAACCACUUUUAGUUUUCGAAUACAGUAAUUUAUACACGGUCGUCCCUCAUUUAUUGCCGGGGUUACCGAGUUCCAGACUCUACCGUGACAUGUGAAUAUCCCCGAAGUAGGAUUCUCUAUUUAUAAAUCUAAUUUUUUGUAGUUGAAGACUUAAUUAGAAAAAUAUAUAAACACUAGUUAUAGCCUGUCAACCAAUGGCGCCCUCAAUGCAUGGACUUCCUAUAAUUAGUUACUAGAAAAAACAUGCAUACAAGUAACACACUUUCUGUACAUCCCAAUUAGUGCUACCCCUUACCCCCUCCCGGUAUUUUAAAGAUAAUUUUUUUCAAACCCUUGAAAUAUGUUAAUAUUCUAAUGUCACACCCCUUUGUAGUUUUAUUAUACCAUAUUUAAAUUGAGACUAUUUCCUACAACAAAAGAAAAUAUUUGAUGCACCAAACGCGUCUGGGCUAUUUUUAAGAAUCUCAUUUAGCACAGUUAUCUGUAAUUUCAUUUUGCACCCAAUUGAACUCACCAUUACACCAGACCUACUUGGAUAAUUCUAUUGAUUGAUAUGGAAAAAACUUCACUGAUCCACAAAUAUUCUCCAGAAUCUGUAGGGGCAAGCACCGAAGAGCUUCAUGCCAUGCUGAGGUCCAUAGAGAACCAGGACCUGACCAUUGAUGGUAAGAACAAGAUCAAGCAGAGACAGAGUCAGAUCACACCUUUGAUUAACUUGCAUGAAGUGGCUGAUCCUGCUGAACUGGAACGUAUGAGGAAAUUACAUUCCUUACAGAGGACUCUUAAGGUCAGAUGCUGGUUAAAAUGUCAGUUUCAUGAGAUACAAAUGGGUGGAAAAUAAAAUGUACUUAAAUAAAACAAGUCAACAAGCCACAAAGUAACUUCUCUCAGGUGUCAGUUAUCAAAGUUGUGAUUUAAUAACACACAUACCCCCCCCCCUUUUUUUUUUUCUUCAGAAAUUUUACAAAUCUUAUUGAUGAAAUGUAUUUGUGUGAACUGAAAUACUUGUUGGUCCCAUUCAUAAAUAAAAAAACAAACCUUUAAAAUAUAUAUAUUUUUAUAUCAAUCUAAUAUUAAAUUGUAGCAAAAUAGUAGACCUAAAUAUUAAUAAAUGAUCAGUAGUAACAGCUGUAACUAAUAAUGACCUCCUUUUUGCACCUGUUGGUAUUAAGAGACAUAAAUUUGAUUGCCAGUAUAUAGAAUGUCACAUCAUUUAUUUUAAAGCAUCACAAAGCUUUACAGCUUUACCUCAAUUGAUCUUUCAAUCAUUCAGGCUAAGGAAAUGGAACUUAAACAGAUUGAAUCACUGAUGAGCAAGCAAGGUGUUUCUCCUUCAGAGCUGCGGGAUUUUAUAGAAACUCACAGCCUUGACAUUCAACCAAAGUGAGAUGUAACACUGACAAGGCAUUUAGGUAGAGCUAACCAAUCCUGGGAUGGUUCAAGCUCCUUUUAACACAGCUCAAAUCUUCAGAAAAAAGCCCUCUAAGCAUUUCAUUUGUUAUUGCAUGCAUUACAAUUUUGAAGCGGCUGUAAUGGGGAGACAUGCUGUAUAAAACAUUGCAAGGAACUCAUAAUUAAUGAUCUGCUUGACUCUGUGGUUCAUAAACUUCCAGUCACAUUUUUUGUCAGCACCACCCUUGACUUGAUUCAUUAGUGGCUGUUGCUAUCACAGUUAAAUCAAAUAUUGUAAAUGGAUUUUACAGCUGGAUCUGUGACCCCUGAAAUAUUAUGUUUAUGAUUUUGGAGAUGAGAAAUCUGUACCACACAAUGUUUGUGUGUCCAUGCACUGCAUGAUGUAUCGCCUCUCUCAGUCUCAGAAUUGUUCAUCAUUAAUCCCCAAGUCUGAAGUGUUUAUCAGUAUCAUAAUGACCUGCAUCAUAUUUCUUGUUGUGCACUCAGUCUCAUCAUUAAACAUGCAAAUGCAUUAUAAAAAAAGAUGUUUAUGAUAGAACUCACCAGCUAUGAAAUAUCAAGUACAUUGAGCUGUGCUAAAGUACUAAUCUUGUUCACAUGUAACUAACUUGUUAAAUCAUGGACUUUAAUAAAUUUGUGUUUCAUGUCUGUUCUUAAAAUGGGUACAUUUGAAUUAUAAGAACUAUUUGACAAUUUUAAGGCCUGGUGUUGAAUAUACAAAAAAUAUGUGUUUUUUUAAUUUAAUUUUUUUUUAAAAUUAUGAAUACCGUACCUGUAAACUGUAAUAAUAUUUAUUGUUUGAAACAUAAAAUGGAUUAUGUUAUUAAUACUUUUAAUUUAUAUUUCUAGUAUUAUAUGCUCCUUGUAAAGACAGUCCAUGAUGUUAGUUGGUGUAAAUAUAUUAUUUCUGAGGCCUUUUAAGUCUUUUACUAUUAUGUUAAACUUCACCUGACUUACACUAGAAAGCUGUGAUAGUUAUAUGAUGGCCCCCUAAAUAAUCUAAAAAGUUUGGAAAAGUUUUCUGUAAGUGAACAGUGGUUAUUUAUGGUCAUUUUUUCAUUUUGAUAUUUGACAGUUGUUAGUAAGGGAAUUAUGAGACAGUAGGUUAUGAAUAAUUUCUUUCCAAUGGAGGAAACAAAGAAUUGUAUGGUUCAGUAUUGCAAUGUUUUUUUUUUCUUUUAAUUUACCAAGGUUUCUUCAUUGUAAUUUAAUGUAAUAGACUUGGUUUCAGGUGUAAAAAAUUUGCCUGUAACCACUUCAGUCAAGGUGCAAUAAAACUACAUGUUUGGCUACGAUUAAAAUGUUACUGUUACAUUUUUGCUUUGAAUAGUUCAUGGAUGCAAAUAACUGCUAACAAUGCAUGUAAAUAUUCUAAAAGCUUUUUAAAAUUCUUUUUGGAGCGAACAGCUCCAAUUUUGAUUUUAUUUCAAAAGGAGUAAAUGCAUUUUUUCUCAGAAAAUAACAUCUC